AUGGACCCAGAUUUGGAGAUGAAAGAUCAAAUGAAGGUGGGAAUGGAAGGCUUGCCUCGGAAAGAGUCUGGAAGUCUUCCGCAGCAUGACAAUGAAAAUUCUGUGCCUUGCUCAGAUAAACUUGAUGAUGGAUGCUUUCCCAAAGAAGAUUUGUCCAAACAUAAAGCCGAGGUGCAGCAGACAACUGAGGAUUUGGAAGUUAAUAUAGUUGAUUGUUUGAAUUCUCAUGAUCUUGGAGAUGUGGAAACUGAAAACGAUGACACCAGCGAGAGCAUGAGUUCAUUCAGCAGCACGUCUGAUACAGAAAAUGGCUUGAGGUUGACUGAUACUGAGGUUGAAUCGUAUAUGUGCAGUGGUCGUCACUCAACUUCAUUAUUUGAUAGCUAUGGUGCAGAAUCUCAAUCUAGGAGGAAACGGUUAACCGAACAUUGGAGGAGAUUCAUUCGUCCUCUUAUGUGGCGAUGUAAGUGGUUAGAAUUGCAACUUAAGGAAUAUCAAUCACAGGCACUGAAGUAUGAUAGAGAACUUGGAGAAAUCGAACAAAGGAAGGCAUAUGAUCAUGAGACAUUAGUAGCAGAAGGUCAUGAAGCAAAGUCAAAACCUUUUUCUUCUUCGAACCCAAGGAUGAAAGUUUUGAAGAGAAAGAAAAGAAAGAGAUAUGAAGAGAUGAAUGAUAUGACAUCGUUUAUGUUGCAGAAUAACAUGCUCUCCUAUUAUGAACAUAAGAAGGCAGCCAAUGAUGGUGCUUCUAUGAACAGUGAUCCCACUCUUCGAGAGAGGGCAAGCAAAGGGAAUCCAAAGUCUGCAUUUCAUCAGGAUGGAUGGGCACCUCUACACUCUAAAGAUGGGAUUAGCAGGGAUGAAGACAUCCUUAUGAAAAUUGGAACCCUACAGUCCCAAGUCCAUAAGUUGAGGUCCCGAAUCGAUGUGGUGAUGAGGGACAAUCCAGGAAAGUUCUCUUAUGUAACUAGGUUGAGCUCGCCCGAGCCAGAUAAAAUGUUGGCCCGUUCUGAAAACCCGGGUUCCUUGAUUGAAAAUGGAGAUAGAGAGCUUAAUUCUCUAUACCCUAUGGACGAUCUUAUACCUGGAAUUCCAGUUUCAAGGCUGGGUGAGGCAGCCCCUUGUCCUGAUAUGCCAGAAACCCUAGUUCAGCCUUCUGUUGGAGUUCCUUGUGAAAUUAUGAACGACGCUUUUGUGACUGGUAAUCAGCCAGCAAAGAAAGAAAUUGCAGAAGUUGUAGCAGAUUUUGGGAGUCAGGCCAAGCAGAAGCCUGAUUUACCAACCGAUGUGCAGUCAGCAAGCAACCCGAGUCAAGCAAGGGCUCCAUUACUUCAGAUGCACUACCCUGGGAAAUCACUUCCAAAAUCUAGGUCCAGGGUGAUUACCAGUAACAAGCGAAAACGUGGUAAGAGGAGGUCUGGACGAGGUGGAUGGAACCGGAAACCAUCAAUUGAAAGGUGA